UCCAAUGGAGGUGGAAGUGAAGCUGCGGCUACAGAAUGCAGAAGCUCAUCGUCUGGUCACGACUUUACUCGCUCCGUUUCACAUCAAAACCCACCUCCAAGAGAAUCUGUUCUUCGAUGGCGCAGCCGGGGAGCUCUCGUCUCGCCGCGCCGUUCUCCGGCUCCGAUUCUACGACGAUGACGCCCGCUGUGUCGUUUCGCUGAAAGCCAAGGCGGUUUUGGUCAACGGCGUGAGUCGGGUGGAGGAGGAUGAAGAGGAUCUGGACCCGAAGGUCGGUCGCGAUUGCGUCGCUGAACCGGGGAAGUUGGAUUCAGUGUUGGAGUCGAGGGUGCUAAGGAGGGUGAAGGAGGAGUUUGGGGUUGUGGGUGAGAAGGGAUAUGUGGGCUUAGGAGGGUUUAGAAAUGUGAGGAGUGUGUAUGAGUGGAAGGGUCUGAAACUGGAAGUGGACGAGACUAGUUUUGGUUUUGGAACGUUGUACGAGAUUGAGUGUGAGAGUGCUUAUCCUGAAAGGGCUAAACAGGUUCUCGAGGACUUUCUGAAGGAGAAUGGGAUUGCUUAUUCUUACUCUGAGAUGUCCAAGUUUGCAAUUUUUCGAUCAGGGAAACUGCCGGAGUUACCUCUGAUGUGAAAGCCUGCAGAAUAUUAUUUAUAUUUCUCCCCUGCAGCAAGAGAACCAUCUAUAUCUCUAUCUUCAAGAAGAUAGCCCCCAAACUUUCCGUCAUGUAUUUGACUCUUUGAAGUGAAUUGUCAUUUGUCAAUAUGCUUUGUCUUCAUACAUAAAUUUCUUUCCGAAUGAGACAAUAUUUUAUGAUUAAUAUAAUUCAUUGCUGAA